AUGAUAUCCACCAUUUUCCUCACCACCCUGGCUUUGGCUGGUCUUGGUACCGCCAAGAACAUCAAGGUCGAAGAGACCCCCGUCCUCCCGAAUGGCUGGGAAAAGAUCGACCAGGCUGUUGAUCCUAGUCAUGUCCUGCGACUCUCUAUUGCUAUGCGGCAGCCCGAUAUCAAGAACCUCGAGACCGGACUGCGAAAGCGCGACGCUACCUGUGGAAAAUACAUCCAGCGACACCUCAGCCAGAAGGAAGCACUCGCUCUCCGAAACCCAGACGACAAGGACGUCGACCAAGUGUUGUCAUGGUUGAAGAGCAAAGGUGUAGCGGCGAAGGCUACGUCUGACAAGGAUUGGAUUCAUGUCAAGACUACCGUGGAAGAGGCUCAAGAUCUCCUUGACGCCAAGAUUGGCUUCUACCAGUUCGGAGAUCAAGAGCCCGUUCUUCGAACAAGAGACUACUCGGUACCUGAGUCUUUGGCCGAUUCCGUCCACUUCAUCCAUCCCAUCGCCAACUUCAUGCGACCUACGAGGGAACUUACCACUCCCGACCCGGAUUUCACUCCCGAUAUGCUCAAAAGCUUGCAGCUGGACAAGCGCGCCAGCAUUCCUUGCACCAGAGCUGUCAAACCCGACUGCCUUCGAGAGCAGUUCAAUAUCAGCUAUCCUGCCUACAACGGUACCUCGCCAAUCCGCUUCGGUAUUGCCGGUUUCCUUGAAGAGUACGCCAACUACGCAGACGCCGAGGAUUUCUUGAGAAUCUAUGCAAAGCCUCUCUAUGAAGCCCGUUACAACUUCUCAACCCAGUUGAUCAAUGGUGCCAAGAACUCGCAGGAUCUCUUUGACUCGGGUAAUGAGGCGGCCUUGGAUGUCCAGUACGCCAUGGCACUUGGUUAUCCUACCAACAUCACUUACUAUCUCGCCGACGGUCGUGGCCCUCAAUUGGGCGAUGACGGCGAGCAAGUUCCUGAGGAGUACAACGAUAACGAGCCUUACCUGGAGUUCCUCGACUACCUCCUUGACCUUUCUGAUGACGAGGUCCCUCACGUGCUCUCCGUCUCUUAUGGUGAUAACGAGGUUUCAGUCCCCCGCAAGUACGCUGAGCGUGUUUGCUCAUUGUUUGGUCUUCUGACAGCCCGUGGUACAACCGUCCUGGCCGCUUCCGGCGAUGGAGGUGCAAAGGGAAGUUCUAAUUCAACUUGCCGCACCAACGAUGGUACCAACAAGGAUGUCACCAUGGCUGUUUUCCCUGCAACUUGCCCUUGGGUCACUAGCAUCGGUGGUAUUGCAGCUGGUGUUGAGCCCUUUGAAGGUGCAGAGUUCAGUGGAGGUGGUUUCUCUCAGUAUUUCCCUCGUGAGAAGUGGCAGGAUGCUUCCGUUGAGAACUAUAUUAAGACGCUCGACGGUCACCUCGAGGGCCACUUCAACGCCAGCAACCGAGGAGUUCCUGACAUCUCUAUCACCGCGACUAGCUUCGUUACCCGUCUUAAGGGCCAGCAAGUCGCUCUCCGAGGUACUAGUGCCAGUACACCCGUGGUCGCAGCCAUGAUUGCGCUCAUCAACGAUGCGCGCGUGCGUAAGGGCAAGGAUGUGUUGGGCUGGAUCAACGAGGUCCUGUACUCUGAUGAGGUUCAGGCAGUGCUCUCAGACGUUUCUGUAGGAGAGAGCAGAGCAUGCGAUUUCGAAAAGGGCCAUAGCCCUGCAGGCUGGCCAGCAGCAAAGGGUUGGGAUGCGAUUACCGGUCUGGGAGUUCCAGCUGACUUCCAGAAGCUCUUUGAUGUGCUGGUUGCUGUUUAA